ACAGACCUGGGCCUGGUACUCUCCUACUUGAGCGAGUCGCUCAACAGCUCUACUGCUGAACAUACCGCUAAACUCCGACGAAUGCUGCCGCAGCCCUUUGCACGUGUCACCUUCACAGAGGCCACCAACUACCUGGAGAAGCCCUUCUACUGCGCCUCCUCCACCGCCGUCAAUGGGUCGCUGGCCUGUGUACAGGCCGUCGACUUGCUGAUACCGGGUAUUGGGGAACUGGUUGGCGGCUCCGUUCGUGAGACGGAUCACGCUGCGCUGGCAGAGAAAAUGCGCCGCCAGGGUUUGAAUCCACAAAGUCCCUCUAUGGCCUGGUACCUGGGCCUUCGAGGGCACGGUGGCGCACCACAUGCUGGCUUUGGUCUGGGUUUUGAUCGACUGCUUCUCUGGAUGCUUGGUGUCUACAACAUUCGAGAUACCGUACCUUUUCCACGGGAGCUUGAGAAAAUCUACAUGUAG